GCACCGGGGGGAGCGGGUCCGGCACCGGCACCGGCACCGGGAGCGGGCCCGGCACUGCCCGCACCGGCCCCGGUAGUACCGGGAACCCCGGCCCCGGUAGCGCCGGCCCCGCCCGGUACCGGCCGCACCAUGAUGAAGUUUCGGUUCCGGCGGCAGGGCGCCGACCCGCACCGCGAGCGGCUCCGCCACGACCUGUUCGCCUUCAGCAAGACCGUGGAGCACGGCUUCCCCAGCCAGCCCAGCGCCCUGGCCUACGACCCCCGGCUGCGCGUGAUGGCCAUCGGCACCAAGGCGGGAGCGGUGAAGCUGUACGGCGCUCCCGGGGUGGAGCUGACGGGCUUGCACAAGGAGACGGCCACCGUCACCCAGCUGCACUUCUUGGCCGGGCAGGGCUGGCUGCUGUCCCUGCUGGACGACAACACACUGCACCUCUGGGAGAUCUACCAGAAGGAGGGCUGCUCCCACCUGGAGGAGACCCGCAGCUUCGGCCUCCCGGCGCGCCCUGGCUGCUCCCCCAGCAUCACGCGGGUGACGGUGAUCCUGCCCAUGGCCCUGGGCGCCGUGGCCUGCCUGGGCACCGAGGGCGGCGCGGUUUACUUCCUCACGCUGCCCGGCCUCGUGCUGCUGGAGGACAAAACCCUCUUCCAGGACGAGAUCCUCCAAAGCGUGCCCGAUGAGUACCGCUGCGGGAAGGCGCUGGGGCCGGUGGAGUCCAUCCAGGAGCACCCCCGCGACGCCGGCAGGCUCCUCAUCGGGUACAGCCGUGGGCUGGUGGCCCUGUGGGACCAGAGCACGCGCGCCGUCCAGCAUCUCUUCCUGGGGAACCAGCAGCUGGAGAGCCUGGCCUGGGAGCACAGCGGGAAGAGCAUCGUCAGCUCGCACAGCGACGGCGGCUACAUGGUGUGGGCGGCCGGCGGCGGCGGGCAGAGGACCCAGCAGCCCGUCCUGUCCACCAUCCCCUACGGUCCCUUCCCCUGCAAAGCCAUCAACAAGAUCCUGUGGCGGACCUGCGAGUCGGGCAACCCCUUCAUCAUCUUCAACGGCGGCAUGCCGCGGGCCAGCUACGGCGACCGGCACUGCGUCAGCGUGCUGCAGGGCCAGACCCUCGCCACCCUGGACUUCACCUCCCGCGUCAUCGACUUCUUCACCGUGCAGAACCCCGAGGUGCCCGAGGGAGGCUUCGAGAACCCCCGCGCCCUGGUGGUGCUGGUGGAGGAGGAGCUGGUGGUGAUCGACCUGCAGACGCCGGGCUGGCCCACCAUCCCCGCCCCGUACCUGGCGCCGCUCCACUCCUCCGCCAUCACCUGCUCCUACCACAUCUCCAACGUGCCCCUCAAGCUCUGGGAGAGGAUCGUCAGCGCCGGGGAGCAGCAGAGCCCCCGCCUCUCCUCCGCGGCUUGGCCCAUCAACGGGGGGAAGAACCUGGCCCAGGAGCCCACGCAGCGAGGUCUGCUCCUCACCGGGCACGAGGACGGCACAGUGCGGUUCUGGGACGCCUCGGGGGUGUCCCUGAAGCCUCUCUACAAGCUGGGCACCGCCGGCAUCUUCCAGACCGACUGCGAGCACAACGACAGCCUCAACCAGGCGGGCGAGGAGGAGUGGCCGCCGUUCCGCAAGGUGGGCUGCUUUGAUCCCUACAGCGACGACCCCCGCCUGGGCAUCCAGAAGAUCGCUCUGUGCAAAUACACGGCCAAGAUGGUGGUGGCUGGCACGGCCGGGCAGGUGCUGGUGAUGGAGCUGAGCGACGAGAAGUCGGAGCACGCCGUCAGCGUGGCCACGGUGGACCUGCUGCAGGACCGCGAGGGCUUCACCUGGAAGGGCCACGACCGCCUGGCGCCCCGCAACGGCCCCCUCGCCUUCGCCCCCGGCUUCCAGCCCAGCGUCCUGGUGCAGUGCGUGCCCCCCGCCGCCGUCACCGCCGUCACCCUGCACUCCGAGUGGAACCUGGUGGCUUUCGGCACCAGCCACGGCUUCGGGCUCUUCGACUACCACCGGCGCAACCCGGUGCUGGCCAGGUGUACGCUGCACCCCAACGACUCGCUGGCCAUGGAGGGGCCCCUGUCCCGCGUCAAGUCCCUGAAGAAGUCCCUGCGGCAGUCCUUCCGCCGCAUCCGCAAGAGCAGGGUGUCGGGCAAGAAGAGACUCAACCCCGGCAGCCCCUCCAGCAAGGUGCAGGAGGCCAACGCGCAGCUGGCCGAGCAGGCGGGCCCCCCCGAGGUGGAGAUGACGCCGGUGCAGAGGCGGAUCGAGCCCCGCUCGGCCGACGACUCGCUCUCCGGCGUGGUGCGGUGCCUCUACUUCGCGGACACCUUCCUGCGGGACGCCGCCCACCACGGCCCCACGAUGUGGGCAGGGACCAACUCGGGCUCGGUGUUCGCCUACGCCCUGGAGGUGCCGUCGCAGGAGAAGUUUUCGGAGCGGGCGGUGGAGGCGGUGCUGGGCAAGGAGAUCCAGCUGAUGCACCGGGCGCCCGUGGUGGCCAUCGCCGUGCUGGACGGCCGGGGGAACCCGUUGCCCGAGCCCUACGAGGUCUCGCGGGACCUGGCCAAGGCCCCCGACAUGCAGGGCAGCCACUCCAUGCUCAUCUCCUCGGAGGAGCAGUUCAAGGUCUUCACGCUGCCCAAAGUGAGCGCCAAGACCAAGUUCAAGCUGACGGCGCACGAGGGCUGCCGGGUGCGGAAGGUGGCCCUGGUGAGCCUGGCGAGCGCCGGCCCCGAGGAGCGGGUGGAGAACUGCCUGGCCUGCCUCACCAACCUGGGCGACAUCCACAUCUUCACCGUGCCCAGCCUGCGGCCCCAGGUGCACUACGGCUGCAUCCGCAAGGAGGACAUCAGCGGCAUCGCCUCCUGCGUCUUCACCAAGCACGGCCAAGGUUUCUACCUGAUUUCGCCCUCCGAGUUCGAGCGCUUCUCGCUGAGCGCCAGGAACGUGACGGAGCCGCUGUGCUGCCUGGAGGUCUCCCGGCUGCAGGACACCUCCUGCCUCAGCAACUCGACGGCGACGCCGAAGCUGCCCCAAGCCAACGGCACCCACGUCCCGCACAGCCCCGAGGCCAACCAUUCCCCCUCCGACAGUGACAGGUCCCCCGAGGAGCGCCAGGCCUCCUUCUCGCCUGGCCCCGUCGACUCGCCUAACAGCAGCAUGGAGAACCCGCUGGACACCACCGGGGACAUCACGGUGGAAGAAGUGAAGGAUUUCCUGGCGUCCUCAGAGGAGGCGGAGAGGAACAUGAGGAACGUCAGCGAGGACGAGGCACGGCCCGCCGGCAUCCUCAUCAAGUGAGGCAGCGCCGGUGCCCGCGGCCUCCCCGGCCCAUCUCAGUGCUCGGAUUCCCGGGACGCGCGGCUCGACUGGACCCCCCCGGCCCCCCCAGCGUAACGUAGACUCGUCUCCUCUCUAACAUCCGUGCCGGCGCUCCCCCUGCGCCUCCCUGCCCGGCCACCGGCCCUGGAGCCCUCCCCCCGGCUGGCCCUGAGCUGGGAGGGGGGGGGCGCGGCAGGGGGUGGCCCACGUUGCACAAACUCUUCCCGGGGAAGAUUUAUGAAUAUUUUUUUUUUCGUACACGGUCGAGUGUAGCUGGCCCCUGCUCCAGAGCCCCGUCCCGGGGGAUGCUGCUGCCCGGGCUCACGGCGGGGGGGGGGGGGGGCGUGGUGGCUUUUGUCACCUCCCCCCCCCCCCCCCCCCCCCCCCAGCCACCUCCCGGGUUUGGUCCCUUGGGGAGGCACAAACCGAGGGGGGGCCGGGUGCCCCCAGCCCCCCCGGACCCUCGUCUCUGUUUACAUGCCCGGCUCCCUGCAGUUUACAGCCCCCUCCUCUGUGUGCCAGGGGGGGCCGGGCUGCCGCACGGGGACCGUCCCCCUCCCUGGGGACCCCCCCCCCCCUUGUUCCACUGCCUCUCCCCGAGUGGCCUGGGGGUGUGUGUGGGGGGGUGAAGGUGGGGGGGUCACAGGUGGCCUUUUUCUCUUGGUGGCUUCUCCAAGGGCUAUUCUCCAGGCUGGGCUCCCCGCCUGCUGCUCCUUUCUGACACUAAUUCCUGCCACGGGGCGGGGGGGUUGGGAUGGGAUCACGCUGCUGGGGGGUGCAGGGGGGAGGUCAGCCCCCAGCCCUGCUCUCUGUGCAGCCCCCCCCCCCCC